AUGAGCCGAAAGUUGGUGCUAGUGUUGCUUCUGGUCGCGUUGGUCACAUUAGACCCGACGUCCGCUUUACAGAAGAAGAAAAAACGAGGCAUUUAUCACGGGCUGCACGGUUACGCAGGACACGCCGUUCUUCCUUUCCACGCUGCGCCAGCACUGCACAAAGGCUAUCAUCCUAGCCCGUACGCAAGGUUCCCCGGACUACUCCACAAAGGCUCGUUGGGUGGUGUUUUGCCACCCGGUUACGCUCUCUUUCCGGGUGGUGCAAGUGUCACCUCCUACCAGCGUAACUUCCCGCGCUAUCCUACCGUUUACGGUGCGGGUCUUUAUCCUGGAUUUGGUGUUGCACCGGUUAAGCCAUUGGCCGGGUUUGCGCCACCCCUAGCACCUGGAUACACCCCACUGGCUCCUGCACCGGUGGCACCGGCUCUUCCUGCAUACCCAGUCCCUGCUGGACUCCCAGCUGCUGCCGCUGCCGCUUACCCACAGGCGUACGUGCCGUUGGGACUUCCGGCCGCGACCGGAAACACCCAGCAAACGUUCUUCGCCACGUACCCACAAAAGCCGCUCAUCCCAGUGGCGGUUCCAGUGCAACCGGACGUAUCCGCCAAGGUUCCGGUCGUCGUGCAGAAACCCUUUUAUACGGCCUUUUCGACGGUGGUUCCGAACGGAGGACUACUUCCGGCCGGGGUGUACAAUCCCGGACAAACCAUCGCCGUUUCGAACGUGCAGCCACAAUUCGUAGGUGUCCCCGUGGCCACCGGAAGUGCAAGUGGCGUUACACCAGCCAUCGCUACCACACUGACCACUGGCACGACACAAGUGACGCAGGCACCGUGGCGUCCCGUCGUUGUGAAUCAACCCGCUCCACCAACACCGACACCACCAUCGAACGCGUAUCUUCCAUCGUACGCGACCCCUCAGGGACAAUUCUACGCCAUCAGCAGUACACCAGCACCGAUACUGCACGAUCAGCAGACAUCCCAUCACCAGUCCUUGCUGGAUCUCGAUCAGGGAUCUCUCCACCAGCAGGAUGGAAGCGGUGCGUUUAACGGACAGCCGUACGAUGUCGCCUCGAACCACGGCCGAUACACGGGACCAUCGAGCUACGACGUCGACAUCACGCACAACGGAUACCAGAAGAAAAAGAAGUAG